CCUGUUUUUAAAGAAGAAAAAAAUAAGGAGUAAGAGGUUUACCUUGACAAUCAAAAUGAAUCAGGGGCAAACAACAAUUUGACAUUACCCCCUCUCCUUUUUUCAUUUCUCUCUUUUCUUUUUUUUAUUAUUUUAAUAAUGAGCAAAUUAGUAUUGAUAGUCGUCAUGGUAAUGAUCAGUAGUUCAUUCCAACAUUGUACAUCCCUUUUAAAGAACUGUCGGUCUGGAGAUGACUGUUGCUCUAACCUGUCUUGCGUUACUGGUAUUUGCGUACCUUCAAGGGUGGCUAAAGCGUUUUCUUCUACCUAAUCCGGACACCCAUUUUAUAGUAAUACCGUCUACAGAAUGAUCAUUGUUACGCAGAAUAAAAAAAUUUUAUCCUUGUCUUCUAACCCAAAUAUAUAUUGACAUCUCGGAAUGUCUGUGGGUUGUGUAUUCUAUUAAAAGAGCGACAGUCCCCACGAACGGAUUUAUGCAACCUCGUCAGGCCAUCAAAAUAGAGAGAGAUUGGGAGAUGAUGAAACGGAUAUUAAGGUUUAUUUAUUUAUUUAUUUUUUUUU